UCGCAAACGACGUCACUAUUUCAACGGUAGUAUUAAGCAAUUUCAGAUUUUUUCUAAUAGCGGCACAGUUAGGACUGGUUCUCAUACCUCUGUCUUCCAUUCAUGAAUGGAGCUACACACACUACCUCAGGAGACCAGGCCAACAGGCUAGCUUCAGAAGACGAAGAAAAGAGAGCAAAGAUUGAAGAGAUCAUCGAUCACCAGUUUGAUUUAGAGAUCUUCUUGAAAUAUAGAGAGAUAUCUGCCAUACGCGAAGAAAUUGGAAAAGCAGAAGAAAUUUUGAUUGAUAUACGUCAAGCUGUCCAUAAUGAUGUCGCAGCUUUAUCAGCUCCAGAAGCACAACAUAAUACUCGUCGAUCCGCAUUGCAAGCCAUAGCUUCCAACAAAAGUUUUCCGUUGCCUUCUAUAUCCUCAUCUUUACAAUUCGACACUGCACAAAGGCAAGCGCGACCAAAUUUUAAAUUCUCCUCCGACAAUUCAACCAAAACUCUAUUCGGAAGACGCGCUGAUGGUGUAUAUGUCAGUCUUGCAUGCCCAAGAUGUCACAGAGAUGACUUUGCGAACCAACAAGGAUUUCUCAAUCACUGUCGAAUAGCGCAUGGAUUGGAAUUUGGACCGUACGAAGAGAUGAUUAAGCAAUGUGGUACACCGAUUGACGAAUCCGAAGUUCCAUUCGACCAUCCAAUUCGAUUGCGGCCACUAACAAAGCCAUUAACAAGUAACAGAACCAAGAAGGCAGAUGUAAAACGACCAACAAUUAAGGUUUUUGAUGAAGAUGUUGUAUUGGACUCGGACGACGAAGACAACGCAUUGGUGCUUCCAGCGAGAGACAAGGUGCCAAUUCAAGAUGCGAAUUUGCAGGAAAGCUCUGACAACUGUGCAGAUAUUCCGUCAAAACUUGAGAGCAGCAUCAAACGUGAAGAAGGAGAUCUUGAACGCGUAGCUCCUGUGAAAGAAGGUAUCCAUGCCAAGGUUGAUGUACCUUGUCAGCAACAAAACGUUAUUAGCCAGGAAAUGCAACCAAAGAAAGAAAGCGGCGCAGAAGAGACCAAGCCAGUCGAAUCAAUUUCCGUUGUCGUCAAUCCCCACACCAACGAGCAUGGAUCAAGGUUCUACAUAAAGAAACGUGUGAUUUUAGGCAAUGUUAGCAAAUUCAUACCCAUAGACAAACGAGAGCCUGGAUUACGGCAGUACACGCACAAGUGGAUGAUAUACGUUACUACACCUCCAGGCGAUGAAAAUAUUGCAUCCUUUAUAUCAUGCGUCAGAUACCACCUGCAUCCAAGCUACAAGCCAAGCGACGUUAUUGACGUUAAUGUGCCUCCAUUUCAUCUAAGUCGAUUAGGAUGGGGAGAAUUUCCCAUACGAGUACAACUUCAUUUUGCAGACAGUCGUCGAAACAAGCUAGUUGAUGUAUUCCAUCAAUUGAAGCUGGAUGAUAGUCAUAGUGGACAGCAAACUUUAGGCUCGGAAAGAUACAUUGCACUGGAAUUGGACAGAAAUACAGAAUUCAUUGAUCCUAAGGCUGCAGUUUCGAGACAGACUCUACCAGAUAAUCGAAACGAAGUCACUGGACAAGUAGUACAACGCCGAGAUCCUCUUGAUGAGUUGAUGCGGUCUACUAUCUCGUCCUUCCCUAUCAUAAGAGCUCAUGCACCACCCAGCACGCAAACCACCACAUACUGCUGUGCGCCUACCACAAAUAUGUAUUUUGAUUAUCAUGUUGGUCAUCGCAAGGCAUUGGAGUGGCAACGGUCUCGUGCUUUUCGAUUAGCGGUGCAACAACAAGCUAUAGCGAGUGGUGAUCCCGUUCUAAAGCAAGCAGCAGAGACGUUAACUACCAAAAAAUGUGUUUUGUGGUGCAGAGAGAAUGAGUUUACACCUAUCAAAAUGCAUGAUACCUCCAUAGGGAAACCUGUUGUACAUAAUGUGCAAGAGGAGAUCGCCCUUGGAUAUUGUAAAUUUUGUGGAACACUCCGAGCUUUGCAUACAUACGACUCUCAUGUCAGCGAUGAAGCUUGUCAAUAUCGACCAAAGGGCUGGAGUUAUCGCAAACGCACUGGUGGUAUGAACAGCGUUACCAAUAUUUUACCAUUGUUGCAAAAAUUAGGUAAAGGCUGGGAUCAAGUUAAAGAGCAAGAUGACAUGGAACUGGAUAUUGAUCAAUCGACACUACCAAUUGGCGACAAACUGCAGACGAAUGCCACUGAGCCAAAGACGCUACAGCUCGUUGAAGAAGUUCGCACGGUGGAGACGGAACGAAUAGCUGAAAUGCCAGACCCUGCUCGGGAACGAGGGUUAGACUGGAUUUGGGCCUCCGUAGAUCAACUUCGAUUACCUAGCGUGAUCGCAAAUGAUAUUGUACAAACUCGAGACGGAGACAUUCAAACCAAGGAUGACCGGUGUACCUUAGAAGAAGCGAUAGAUCAACGGCUAGUUGCAGGAUCCCUGCUAUACGAGGCUACCAAAGUGUUACUUCGCCGGAUUCUUAAAGGCAGCGCCAACAUUUAUAGAAACGAAUCCUCAAGCGAUAACACUACGUCACCUUCCAACCAUGAUCAAAUCGAACCAUACGAGCGAAAGCUGUUGGUUCCAAAUCACGUAUACCAGUGCUUACAGAAGGAGGAUCAGUUUGAUUUCCUCACCAACAAGCACCUCAAUCUCGAAGAGGCGACUGACAAUGAAACAGAAACUUGAACCAACAUUCCUAUACCAAGAGAUGAACUGCUCUUGGUCUCACAUACAAGCAAUCCUCAUUGUGGAGAAGUAGCAAGAUAAAGUUUAUA